AUGCCGGAGCCCACCGCCCCCGCCCCCGGGCACGGCCAACCCGAAACCUCGGCCGCCCCGGCGGUGAGCAAAGCCCCCGGCGGCUCCUCGCCACUAAAGGGCGCGGGCAGACUGGACAAUGGCCCCGCCCCAGUGGAGGAUCCGCAGAUCAACCCCGGCAAGGUGGCGCUGCAGCAGCUACUGAAGGAGCGAGGGUCCAAGAAGAAGAAGAGAACCUCCUGUCGCUCGUUGCUGCGCCUGUACACGACCAUCCUGGCGGGGCUCAUGAUCGUGUUCGGCCUGUUCACGCUGCUGUUCCUGGUGCCCAUGACCAUCGACCCUGCCCUCGCCACCCUUACCUACCAGUUCCAGGCGUCCCCAGUGCUCUGCAUGACCACGUUCGCCCGCGAGGUGGUGGGCCUGAGGAACAUUUCGUGGUGUUCGUGCACCGAGGGCUGCACCAGCGACGUUUAUAACUGCACGCAGGUGACCGUCGUGUACAGGAACUGUUCCAUAUCGCGGAACGAAUCCCUUCCUGAGGGAGACUUGUGUGAUCUGGGUGGGGAGGGGGGUGAGGAACUGUCUGAAGUGGAGGGCGGCGGCUCUGACCUGACCGCCCUCGCCUCCCACACCAACCCCGCCCACUGGGACGAACUGAACGCCUCGCUCUACAUUAACGUGAAGGGCUGCGGCUACCCGCCCACCGUGAACUGCAGCCAGUUUUUCGAUUACUACGGCGUGCCGGGGAGGCGGUACUGGUGCUACUACAGCCACCUGGAUCCCCAGCUGGUGGUACCCCACUACGAUCCCUCAGAGGCCGAGCUGGAGCUGGCUAACUCGCUCGGCUGGACCGUCGGGGCCCAGCUGGCUGGCCUCAUCAUCAUCCUGCUGCUACAUUGGCCCUACGCAGCCUGCAUCAGGCACUGUCGACGGACCUGGGCGAACCGCAAGAAAGCCAAGGCCCAAAAGAAGAACAACAAUAACAACAACGAGUCAGGUUUCCAAGCAACGGCGAGCGGCGUGGUGGCGGCGCUGAGGAGUGGGCGGGAGAAGGCGCCGCGGCAGCCCGUCUUUCAGCGGGACUGGUACGAUGUGCACACCUAAAACUACUACUACUGCUACUACUACUACUACUACUACUACUACUACUACUACUACUACUACUACUAGUACUACUACUACUGCGAUGGGUAUUGUUGUCGUGUUUGAUAGCAGGUAGUAGAUAGUAGUGGUGUGUGUGUGUGUGUGUGUGUGUGUGUGUGUGUGUGUGUGUGUGUGUGUGUGUGUGUGUGUGUGUGUGUGUGUGUGUGUGUGUGUGUACGGAAUUUUUGAAGAAAGUAUUGUAUUUAGUAUUCUGGUCGUAAAAUUUUCAACUAUAAUUAUGUUGUAAAGGUUUAUUAUCACUACUACUACUACUACUACUACUACUACUACUACUACUACUACUACUUUAUACACUACUACAAGGAAGCAAAUGAAAGAAAAGUACACAAAGAAAGAAACGAAGUAAUGAAGAAAGAAAGACACCACUACUACUACUACUACUACUACUACUACUACAACAAUCACCACCACCACCACACGCAUGAACGUUUGUUACCUGUAAUGCCUCAGUUCAUUAAAUAACUCCACCUGACAUUGCCAACACGAUAGAACCAUUUACUACUACUACUACUACUACUACUACUACUACUACUACUACUACUACUACUACUACUACUACUGAGGACACAAAACCACAAUCGACUAAUGUAUUUAUAGAUAAGAUUAUUUUGCAAAAGUCCUCCUCCUCCUCUUCAUCCUCCUACUCCUCAUCCUCCUCCUGCUCCUCCUGUUCCUCCUCUCACCGCCCUCCACUCCAACCCUCCUCCACUUAAAUGCCACGUCAAUACGCCUUCCAUUUAAGUGAUUCCUUGUGGCCCUUCCUCCCACUACAGUGCCACUUAAUUAUUUGCUACUCUGUCACUUUACUUAUUUGUUUUUUCUACUACAGUGGUUGCUAUGAUGUUGGUGGAGCAUUGGUAAUAUAUCAGGUUGUUUGUCAGUCAGUCAGUUAGUCAGUCAGUCUGUUAUGAAAGUUUUGUUUGGAGUGAUUGGUAAGUGUUUGAGUGUACGUGAUCGUCAGUUAUGAUGAUUUAGUUUUGUCAGUCAGUCAGUCAGUCAGUCAGUCAGUUUAGUCAGCCAGUCAGUUAAUUUGUUGUCCAUGCGGUAAAGUUACACGGUAGAUUUAGUCAGUUAGUCAUUCAAUUAGUCUGUUAUUCAGUCAGUCAGUCAGUUAUUCAGUCAUUCAGUCAGUCAGUCAGUCAGUUAUUCAGUCAGUCAUUCAGUUUAA